AAUAGACCUAAGAAAUUAUGGCCAAAGAUGGCAAAGACUCGCUUAUCAUUAAAGUGAAUGAUAUCUCAAAUGAGGAUUCCAUCAAAAAGUAUGGCCAAGGAAUGGAUCAAAUCAGUGGUGACAUCAACUCCAUUAUAUUGAUGCGGCAAAUGGUGGCCAUAAUUCAUGAGAGUAUUAUAAGGUGCGAGCAAUACAAUCACAAAUUGGGACUACAGUUAAUGGAUCAGAUGAAUAAGAUGCAAGAAUAUGCAACUAAUGUCCGGGAUAAAUUGUUAGAAAUGGAUAAUAAUUUGGAGGAUUUGAAGGAGAAAUCAAAGUGGAAGGGAAGGGCAGCCAUACGAAGAUUAAGAAUUCACCGUGCUAAGUUAUGUCACCGGUUUGUAUGCUGCAUGAUUGACUACAACAACAUCCAGGCCAAAUAUAAAUCUAAAUAUAUUCAAUUGCUACGGACACAGUUCAAUAUCGCCAAACUACCGGUGAUGAACUACCGGUGA